AUCCGUCAUGACCAGGGACACACAGGAUGACAGAUGAGCAGUUAGUAAUUACUGCCUGUCAUCUUACAAAAAAACGUCGUCUUUUGCAAUAAGUAGCUUGAUUCAAGCUAAGUUGGUAUUCAAAAAGCUACUGGACUUACUAAGACCUAGUAAGGUGAUUAUAGAAGAAUUGUACGAUGGCAGAACCCAAAGAAAAGGUGAUGCAUACGACGGAUCAUGAUCUACAAAGCUACACCGAAAACUUAGCAAACAGUCUGAACAACUUUCGCAAGCAGCAGAUUUUUUGUGAUGUCGUUCUUGUAGUCGAAGGAAAGAAGUUCCAAGCUCAUAAAAAUGUCUUGGCAUCGAGUAGCCCGUAUUUCAAUAAGGUAUUCAAUCAACCUGCCAAGAAAAAGAAGAAAGAAAAAGAUCUCGUUCUCGUGGUUAAUGAUGUAAGUUUAAAAGUCAUGGAGCACUUACUGGAGUAUCUGUAUACUGGCGUCGUUGACUUGAGUGUAAACAACGUGAGCGGUUUGAUAAUGGCAGCUAAUAUCUUACUUCUCCCAAGACUAAAAUCCAUGGGCUGCAAGUUUCUUUCCAACUCCUUGAAUCUAGAAAACUGUAUUAACAUUUUUAGUUUCGCCGACCGCAAUGACUGCGUAGAGUUGAAAAAAGUUGCUCAACUUUAUAUCAAUAAGGAUUUCAAAAGUGUAUGUAAGACUGAAAGUUUCUUGAAGCUUAGUUUGAAACAGAUCGAAGAAAUUGUAUCUAAUGAUGAUAUUGUUGUGGAUCGUGAGGAAGAGGUUUACGAAGCCAUCUUGGCUUGGGUCAAACACGAAGGGAAGUCAAGAAAUUCUUAUUUUUCAUGUUUAUUUCGUCAUGUGCGGUUGGCAUCCAUGUCUAAAUACUAUCUACAUACCAACAUUGGAAGUGAAGAACUAGUGAAAACAAACCGUCAGUGUAUCGAACUGUUGUUGGAUGCUAUGAAAUAUCUAUCUCUAAUGCAAGCAGGACAUCAAGGAACUCCAACGAUAGGCCCUCGUAAAUGCUUGAAGAAGCAAGUAGACGCAGUAAUAACCUGUGGAGGUUUGUACGAAGGAAAUGAGAAAAGUUCCUGUCUGUGUUUUGUGCCGUCCGAGGAAGCCUGGUUCAGUUUGGCUCCGAUAACCGCUGAGAAGUCUCGCAGACGCUGGGCUCAUGGCAUGGCUGAAGUUGAAGGUUUUGUUUACGUUGUUGGUGGUUUCUAUGAUGACAGUAAACAAGAUGCAACGUCAAAUGUCUGUCGUUAUGACUUCAGGACCAACACGUGGGUUGAAGUGAGCGCGCUUCGCCAAUGUACAUCACUUCCUGCCGUAACCGUUCAUGACGGGCAGUUAUACGUCAUCGGGGGCACUGAUAAUGAUGCUCUAAGAGACACCCAACGAUAUAGUCCCGAGACCAACACUUGGGAGAGUCUUGCUCGUCUUAGUGUUGGCCGCUGUGCAGCCUGUGCAGCUGCGGAUGACCACCAUGUUUACGUCUUCGGUGGAAUGCAGGAGAGCAGCGACUUCCUUGAUACAGCAGAGAAGUACGAACCCAGUGCAAACACAUGGAUACCUAUAGAGAGUAUGAGUACUGUUCGGGCCUUUGCCUGUGUUGCUGCAGUCGGUGAAAAGAUAUACGUCAUAGGCGGAAGUACAGAUGUUCUUGGGAAAGACGCGUUGAGCAGUUGCGAGGUGUACGAUACUCGAGCGCAAGAAUGGAGGAUGAUAGCCAGUAUGGGUAUCCCUAGAUUUGCUGCCACCACAACGGUGAUCCAUGAAAGGCUGUAUGUGUUAGGCGGAGGGCAGGCAAGUGAGACGUUCUCGAGUGUAGAAUCAUAUUCAGUUGUAAAUGAUGAAUGGAAGAAAGAUAUUGAUAUGCCUCGAGCAUCUGCUCAUUUGCAAUGUUGUGCUGUGCAGAUACCGAAGGAUCUGUUAAGGACAACACCACGACUGUACUGACUAACUUUCCCUCAAACCCUUUAAAACCUAUGGGCUGAUCAGUCAGGGCACAGGAACUCACAGAUCGGAGAUCGAACCCUGAAACAACCUCUGGUCUGAUCUAAGUCAGGGCACAGCAACUCACAGUUCGAACCUGCAUGAAACAACCUCUGGGCUGAUCUAAGUCUGGGCACAGCAACUCACAGAUCCAUCCCUGAAACAACCUCUGUACUGAUCUAAGUCAGGGCACGGCUAACUCACAGAUCGAACCCUGAAACAACCUCUGGUCUGAUCUAAGUCGAGGCACGGGCACGGGCACUCACAGAUCAAAUUUGAAUUUUAGUGUGAUAGAUUUUUCGAAUGGAGGGAAACCGGAGAAAUUCUCCUCUCCCCCCCCCCCCCCUCAAAUCACGGGAGAGACCUGACAAACUCUACUCACAUGUAUGUGAGGCCAAGUACAAGGAAUCGAACCGAGACACGAGAGCCAUCAAAAACCACCCUUGAAUUCCCUUUAACCAAACGCAAUCAAGUAACAAGUAAUUACUUCAUACAAAUAUAAUAGAUGUUUAUUAUAAGUUGGUCAGUGUCUACAUGUGACAUAUGCAGUAAUAUCAAGCCUAUUUUCUAUUGUGAUCCAGUACAAAUAAAAAGCUGUUUGAAA